CCGAGGAUCAGGACAGCACAUGCUUGCCACAGCAAAAAGGCUUCCGCGGGCCGCGCCCGCGCUGCUCCGCGGCGCCGCGCGCCGGCUAGCAGCGCCGGCGCGGGCCGACUCGAACGUCCCGUUCGCGACCAGCCUCAACGCGAGCCUCGCCGAGACGGAUCCGCAGCUCUUUGACAUUGUCGAGCAGGAGAAGCGGCGGCAGCGCUGCUCGCUUGUGCUUAUCCCGUCGGAGAACUUCGCGUCGCAGUCGGUGCUCGACGCGCUGGGGUCGGUAAUGCAGAACAAGUACUCGGAGGGCUACCCGCACGCGCGCUACUACGGCGGCAACGAGUACAUUGACAUGGCGGAGGACCUCUGCCGCUCGCGUGCGCUGGAGGCGUUUGGGGUGACGCCCGACGCGUGGGGCGUCAACGUGCAGCCGCACUCGGGCUCGCCGGCCAACUUCGCCGUCUUCUCCGCCCUGCUGCAGCCGCACGACAGGCUGAUGGGCCUCGACCUCCCGCACGGCGGCCACCUGUCGCACGGCUUCCAGACCGAGACUGGCCGCUCCAUCUCGAUGGUCUCGCGCUACUUCACCUCGAUGCCGUACCGCCUCAACGAGGCGACUGGGAUCAUCGACUACGACAAGCUGGAGGAGUCGGCCACCAUCUUCCGGCCCAAGCUCAUCAUCGCCGGCACGUCUGCGUACUCGCGCCACAUCGACUACGCGCGGAUGCGCCAGAUCUGCGACAAGGUCGGGGCGGUCCUGCUCGCAGACAUGGCGCACAUCUCCGGCCUCGUCGCAGCAAAGGUUGUGCCUUCCCCCUUGGACUACGCGGACGUCGUCACCACCACCAGGCACAAGUCCCUACGGGGACCGCGAGGCGCGAUGAUCUUUUACCGGAAGGGCGUCAAGGGGGUCGACAAGAAGGGGAAGGAGAUCGCGUACGAGCUCGAGGGCCCCAUCAACCAGGCCGUCUUCCCGGGCCACCAGGGCGGGCCGCACAACCACACCAUCGCCGCCCUCGCCACCGCGCUCAAGCAGGCGGCCGCGCCAGAGUUCCCUGCUUCACGCGCGCCUGGUGAGCAGGUGCUCCGCAACUCGGCUCGGUUCGCCGACGCGAUGAGCGAACGCGGCUACUCUCUCGUCUCGGGCGGCACGGACAACCACUUGCUGCUCGUCGACCUCAAGCCGUGGCGCGACACGUCCCGGACAUGCAUCGACGGCGCGCGCGUCGAGUCCGUGCUCGAGCUCGCCAACGUUGCACUCAACAAGAACACCGUGCCGGGCGACAAGUCCGCCUUCAUCCCGGGCGGCAUCCGCGUCGGCACGCCCGCGCUCACCUCGCGCGGCUUCGCGGAGGAGGACUUCGCCGCCGUCGCCGAGUUCAUCCACCGCGGCGUGGGCAUCGCAAAGGAGAUCAACGGCGCCGACGGCGUCGGCCGGAAGCUCGCAGACUUCAAGGCGCGCCCUCCGCAUCCCGCACCCGCGUCCCGCCCCGCGUCCUCUCUGCGCGCCGACGUCGAGGCCUUCGCUUCCCAGUUCCCGGUCGUCGGCUUCGACGAGACGACCAUGAAGUACAAGUAG